AUGAUUCAAUAUAUCAUCCUUGGUUAUCUCCUUUACGAGAUUCUUCGUCUCGCCCAACGUCCCGAUGUCUCUGCUGUCAAGUUCGCUCCUCCAGCACCUGAACAAUCCACUCCAUCGGCUCCAGUCGCAUCACAGGCUCUUCCACCACCACCAGCUCCAAUCAUGUCUCCUGAGCCAAUGAAAUCUGAGGAAAGUACCGCGAAAUCCGGAUGA